GGCAAGUAGCGCGUCUCUCGGAAAGAAACGAAGCAGCGAAAGUUGUUUCGAAUACGCGAAACAAUGCACCGCUUGUUUUAUUUUUUAAACAAACCGCGAAGGCGAUGCUUUCGAUAAUCGCGUUGAACAUAUACGUGUAUGUAUUAUGUAUAAUUAUAAAUAGAUAGAUAUUUUUUUUCGUUCAACUCUUACGUCUCGAGGAAAUUUUCCUCGUGUAAUAUCCGUAGAAACGAGGAAAGAGUACUUUUAGUAAUGAGUAACGGAUCGAAAAGUGACUGACUGAUUGACGAAAAAUUGUGAAUUAUUUUCAGUGUACAAUUUGGGUGCAUGUGAUAUUAUAUUUUACGCUGCAGCGUGUGCAACGGGAUUAUUACCGUAUGUUAAUUUGUUGUUAACUGAGGGUGGAACGUUUUACGAAAAGUAGAAUCUGUGGAUGGCGGUGCGGAAAAGAGAGAGGGAGGAGAGGAAGUUUGCGAAUGUUGAAAAGUUUUUUAUUUCAAUUUUUCUUUUAUUUUCAAACCUUAAAAACUUUGCAGUUUUUCGAACGAGGAACAAUCAACGUAAUUGUGACGAUCGUACAGCUUGCGCGAAGACUUAAUCAACGCGACCUGUGUUAAGCUUAAAAGUUUUUCACACUUAUUUAUACAUGUAACGUGUGUAUAAUGAACACACGCCUGUAAAUUGUCGACGUGCCCGUGCAACACGAACAUCGAGACUUACGCCUUGGGGAAAGCGUGUUUUUGCAGAAUGUUGCUAUUUCUUACUUUCGACGGUCCUACUUCUGGUGGAUCUGGGUGUGAAAUAAUUAUCCAUCGUGUUAUCGGGCUGCAAGCUUGAUCGAGGGUUUAUGGAGUUUAGCCAUUGAAGGUAUAAAGAAGUGGUAAGAAGACACACGCACCGGCACCAAUCAAACGCCAUGAAGAGACACUUCGUUCUCAUUGCCCUCGCGAUUGAAAUCAACCUCUACUUCGCAGAGGGCGAUGCGAGGCACCAGCAGAACUCCAUUUCCAACAACCUACCGUCACCUCUUAACGGACCCAGUGGUAAAAAUGAGGAGAUUCCAGACGGGCCGAUCAGAGAAGUCCUCGCUCAGACUGGAAGCACUGCUACCCUUCCCUGCAAGCUCACGGAUCCAGGAGCCGGCAUUGUAACGUGGAUCCGGCGCAGGGAUCGCCAACUUUUGACCGUAGGAGCAGCGACGCAUUCGGUGGACAGUCGCUUUGUGAUACGACCCUCGAGCUCGGACUGGGCUCUCCUAAUCAGAGGAGUCACUUUUCAGGACGCCGGGGUCUACGAGUGUCAGGUCGCCACGCACCCGGUCCAGCAGAAUUUCGCCCGACUGAAGGUAACCGAGGCAUAUGCCAUAAUACCUGGAGCACCAGACCUCCAUGUCAAGCAAGGCUCGAGCCUACGUUUGGAGUGCCAGCUGAUGUCGUCGACGGAGCCGCCGGUCUAUUUAUUCUGGUAUCGCCAGGGCAGGAUGAUCAACUACGACGUGGAGCCUGGUGUCAGGGUGGAGGCGACGACGACGGGCUCCAUAUUGGUCGUUGAUAAGGCGAAACCAUCCCACGGUGGCAACUACACUUGUGUCCCGAGCAACGCGAGGCCAGCAUACGUCAUAGUUCACGUUAUCGAAGAGGAGGAAAAACCGGCGGCAAUGCACGGGGGCGAUCGGCGAAAUCUGAGCCCCGCCAUUCUCGCGAGUAACUUCCUCGUCUCCCUGCUGGCGACGGUCAGCUGGAGGAUACCGAGUUUUACGAGCCUCUAUCCCACGUGAGAGGGAAGCAUCGGUUUAGGGAGGGCCACGCGUUUCUGACCGAAUCCCCGACGGCCACUCGGAGAAAGAAACUUGACCGAAGGUAACGAACAGUCUUGUUGUAUGUGGGACGGUUGUUACCUCCGCAGAGAAGGAGGAUCAGGAGGAAGAGGUCCGAGGUCAACGAUCGUUCUCCGGAAGGCGUCACGGGCGAUUCAACGCCGCAGUUUCUAGGUCCGUAUGUAUACAUAUAUAUUUAUUGCUGCAAGGAAGAGGAAAGAAGAGCCGGAGACUCGCCGAUCUCCGCAAGAUGAGUGCCGAUCUACCCUAAAUUCGUCUGCUCGUCUCAACUAUCCAGAUACCUAUACCAAAAACCCGAAAGGAGAGGAGAAAAAAAAAAAGAAGUACCGAAACCCAUGUAAAUAACUGACGUAUGCUAUGAAAAUAUGA